AUGUUAGAGACAGCCUUGAAUGCAGCUUUAGAAGUCGGCUACCGCCACAUCGACACCACCUACGUCUUCGAAAACGAAAAGAUCAUUGGAAGGUGGAUUUCCACCGGCAAGAUAAAAAGGGAUAAUUUCUACAUCACCACCAAAUUGGCGCUAUGCGGCGUACAUCCAGACAGGGUCGAAAUGAUGUUGAAGGAGUCACUGGAAGAAUUGCGUUUGAACUACGUUGAUUUAUAUUUGCUGCAUUUCCCAGUGGGCACAAACUACGUGGAGCGAUGUUUAGUUACUCCACCCACUAUGUUGAAAUUGGAGAACAGUGAUCACGUGGAACUGUGUAAGAAAAUGGAAGAGCAAGUAGAUGCCGGUAGAACAAAAGCCAUUAGACUGUCCAACUUCAACAGAAAACAAAUAGUAACGAUACUGAAAUCGUGCAGGAUAAAACCAGCUUAUUUGCAAAUAGAAAUCCACGUUGCCAUACAGCAAAGAGAAUUGGACGGGAGGAAACAGACUAGGAAGAACAGUGAGAGACAAAUCACCAAACGGCCAAAGGAGUACAGGGAGGCCAAGAAAAAGAUAGAGUUCCAACCUAGAUAUGAAGAGGCAUCCGAAGAUAAAAUAGAGGCAACGCUAUUAAAGAAGAAGGAAGAAGUAGGAGAGAGCAACAGAUUACCAGCUGUUUACUGA